GAGGCGAUCGACCUCUUUACAAUUAUUAUUGCUACCAGAAGCCCAACGGUGAUCGUAAGUUUUCCCAAUUACCAUGGAAACCGCCUUCAGAACCCUACAAAUGUUUCUUACUGUGCAUUCGGCGACACACGUUUAUACGCGGCUUUAGCUUGUGGGGCCUUUGACAGCCGCAACAUUUUGUAAACAAGAGUGCUGCGAAGGACUGUUUUUGUUCGUAGAGAAAAUUGUGCUUAAUAUUUCCCCCUGUUUUCAGUGCUAUGCAAUAAAAUGAGCUCUAGCGUCGAAAGCACCGAAGUGGACAGCGCCAAACAAGCGCUCAUGUUGGCAUUGGGCGACAAGUGGACGAUGUACUUGACCAACAUGAAGCUCUGGUUCCGCAAGAAACACUCCAAAGAGGAGUUCGACCUCGAAUGCCGCAAACUGUUCAGCCCGAAUCAGCUGCACUUGCACAACCGCUUCCUGUUGGCAAUCCUGAACAAAAUCGAUGCCGUUUCCGUACCCCAAUCGUCCGCCAAUCAUUUCGAUGGAGCGCAAAUGGUUUCACCGUCCAGUGUGUACGGUGCCGCCGGUGACGGAACGGGCUACAGUUGUCUGUCAUCGAUGCAGCAGGCGGACGGGCGCAGCAGCAAGAAGCGCAAACGCUCCUCCAAAUCGUCAUCUGAUCGAUCGACCUUCGAACCCAUGUCACCGUAUGAUUACAUUCCACGCGAACCCGCUGGUCCAGAUCAGGAGCACGGCUCUUCCACGCAGUGUGGCGCAACGCUUCCAACGAUGCGCUACGCCGCACAGGAGCUGUUUCUGCCAGAUAAUGGGCUGGUGCUCGGUCGUCUCCUCGUAGGUGCGUGGGAGCACGGGCUAGCCAGUGCCGAUGAUGCUGCGGUCGAGCUUAUCGUAAGCUCGGUGCAAGUGUUGCUGAAAAACAUUCUUUCCGCCGUGAUUAUGGCGCGCAAGCAUUACCGCGUCACUGCUAACGGGACGUUCUACUAUGACGUGGGUCGUGGGAUGGAUCCUAUGGAUGUGCGGAACACAGUCACCAAAACCAAAAUCGAUGACGAACCGAUGGAACUGGACAGGGAAAUUCUGUGUUACGUGAAAACGCCACCAACGGAUUCCACCUUUUUGGCGAGCUGUGAAAACUUGUAUCCUAGUGUCAGCCGCAAGAUAAACGCCUUAGAGCUAUAUAGAGCAUUGCAAGAUCGGAAUUUAAUAUCCUCGCACUCGGUGUACUCGAUGAACAUAGAGCGCAUUUCAAGCCAGCUUUCAUACCACCACACGCGUAAGGGCAUUGGUAGCAGUUUACGAUCCUCAACACGAGCAGCCGGCUCCUGCAUAGGAAUUCAAAUUUCCUACCACACGCUAAACACCGCUCUCACGAAAGAGAGAGAGAAGCUGUCAAAGCUGUUGUUGGAACGAGGUGAGCGGAACUUCAACCAUUUGUUUAUGUUUACAGUUUAUGCCAACUCUUGCUGCUCGCAGCAGCCGAUCCAAAUCCAAAUGGAAUCGGAAAACUGUACUUGCCGAUUGUGUCUCGGCUCCUCGAAAGAUGUGUGUUCCCUGUUUGGUUCUAGCGUAGAUCGGGAACUGCUAACCAUCAUACGCAACAAUGUAGGAUUGGAGAUUGCAGCGGAUGAUCCAUUUUCCAAAAUGGUAUGUGACACGUGCAUCGCAAAGCUAAGAACGAUCGAGCAACAUGUACAGUUGUUUCGUGAAUCUGACCGUAAGCUUCGAGAUGCUAUUACAACCCGGUUGAACGACAAUGGAAAAGAUUCUGCCAAUCAUACGCUGCCAGACGCUGGGCCACAUUCUAAUGAAGUAUCCAAUUUGGAGGCCCCGGCAACCGCCUUGGAAAGCUCCCAUAUGAGCAACAAUGCAGAGGUAGUUAAGUAUAAAUUCCAAAAGGAGAAUCGGACGGAACCCGAACCAACCCGUAGAUCGAAACGUAUUCGCACUCAAAGUAAGCGGUUAGCCGUUACCACUGAGUACAACACGGGAACACAUGAUGAGCCACAAUCGAGUGAAGACUUCGAUUGCGACAAUGAUAGUGUGGAUCGAUCGUAUAUCCCAGUAGAAAGUUCCUCUACAGACUGUCAAAUGAAUCAAAACUCUACAACGACUGAGGAUAUGUGCAUGGAGACUGUAACAUCGGCACGACAGCAGACAGCCUCUUCAAAGCAGCCGAAGAAACGAAACUUGAAAGACAAAGCAGAACCGGUGCCUACGCUGCACGAUUUUAAGUGCUACAUUUGUAGCAGCGAACCAUUAGGCUCACGGAAGGCGCUGAUAGAACAUUUAGCUACCCACGUUGAUUACCUUCCGUACACCUGCAAGCAGUGCGUCAUGGAGACGAUCGUAUUAACACGGGUGCGCACCUUGAACACGCACAUGAAGAUGCACGAACAGCCGAUUAAAUGUGACUACUGCGAUCGGCGCUAUAGCAAUGCGGCGGGAAAAUAUUACCACACGCAGACGUACCAUCUGGCUGGUGGGGCACCCUGCAUCGUGCACUGUGAGAUAUGUGGGAAGCAGUACGGCUCGGAGGCUGCACUUAAGCAGCACAUGAAGUACCACACCACCAUGCUGAAAUGUAGCAAGUGUGACAUGGUGUUCAACCAUCCCAACAAGCGGCGCAAUCACGAGCUGACGCACAACGAGGACCGGGGGUAUGAGUGUGUCGUUUGCAAAAAGGUACUCCAAACGAUCGAAUCGUACGACGUGCAUCUGAAGAAGCACUCGCAGGAGCGGAGCUAUCCGUGUACGCUGUGUCCGAAAAAGUUUAAUACGUCGUUUAAUCUGAUACUGCACCUGAAGGUGCACGCCAAAAACUACAACUACAGGCCGGCCAAAUCGUGGGUCGAGCACUACACGAUACUGAGCCGCGAUCCGCUGCAGUACAAAUGCAAUCACUGUGACAGGUACAGCACCGAUAAGGUCAACAAUAUGAUCUCCCAUCUGCAGGCACACUUUAAGGAGUAUGAGUGUGAUCAGUGCAAACGGUUGUUUGCGACGGCAAAGCAGCUGCGGGCGCAUUACACUACACACACCGGUGAAAAAUCGGAAAUGUGUCAACAUUGCGGAAAAUGUUUUUCCACCAAGAACAAUUUGCGCAUCCAUUUAAAGUCCCACAAACGGGAAAUUGAGGAUGCGAAUGAUGGUACCACCAACGAUCGCCAGACUGUCGUGCAGGAAUACCCUCCCGAAGCGUGCAUAGAGAUCGAAACAAUAGCACAGAACAAUGCCGGUGAUAGUUGAGAAUCUACGAAAUGAUCGAGAUAAACACACGUAAGAAAAAACCGUUUCGUUUCGUUUCUACCAACAUCAAUUAUGCUCCUUAUUAGAAGCGUAAUAUUCGCAAAUUUACAGAUCCACGUCCCCAGAUACUUAGAAACAGU